UGCUGCACAUGCAUGCUGGUUAUGUUUUGAUUGGUGUGUCGACAUGUUUUGCUGUUGUUGAUUUACAGUAAUGUUUUAUUUAGUUUGGUAUUGUCAUUCACAACUGUUCAUUUCGUUGUUGUAAAGAUGGACUCGGACGAAGAGGAAGACAAUAAUGACUGGGAACGCAGUUUAGAGUCAGACAUUUUGGAGACUGGAAGUUCCACUGAUAGAGUUUCAUUGACAUCCCAGAGAGUGAUCCUGCAUUUUGACCUGGACUGUUUUUAUGCACAAGUUGAGAUGAUCCGAAAUCCAGCUCUCCGGACCAAACCUCUUGGGAUACAGCAGAAAUAUAUUAUUGUAACCAGUAAUUAUGUGGCAAGAGAGCUUGGCGUGAACAAGCUGAUGUCAGUGACAGAUGCAGUGGAGAAAUGUCCACAGCUGGUGCUUGUAAAAGGAGAAGAUCUCACUCAUUACAGAGAAAUGUCCUACAAAGUCACUGAAUUGCUGAUGUCGUACUGCCCUCUAGUGGAGCGGCUGGGCUUUGAUGAGAACUUCAUGGACGUUACAGAAAUGGUGGAGAAACGAAUAAAGGAGACCCGUAUUUCAGAUCUCUCCUUCAAUGGACACGUAUACAAUCAUGAAAGUGUUGUGGUUGAUGAGGAGAACAUUCGUUUGGCUGUCGGCUCUGUGAUUGCCGCUGAGAUGAGGCAAGCCAUCUUCAGCACACUGGGGCUAACUGGCUGUGCUGGUGUCGCUAGCAACAAACUAUUAGCCAAGCUGGUGUCAGGCAGCUUUAAACCCAACCAGCAGACCACCCUCCUGCCUCACAGCACCGCUGAACUCAUGAGCAGCCUUACAGGACUCAUCAAAGUGCCAGGGAUUGGUUACAAGACACGUGAGAAGCUGAAGGCUCUGGGUUUGGUUAAUGUGAGAGAUCUACAGUUGUACCCUUUGUCCGAUCUGGUGAAAGAGUUUGGAGAGAUGAACGCUAAGAGGAUCCAAAACCUCGCCUGUGGGAUUGAUGAUUCUCCAGUGACUCCAGCGGGUCCUCCUCAGUCCCUCAGCGAUGAGGACUCAUUCAAGAAAAUGUCCACUCUAGAGGAAGUUCUAAAGAAAAUUGAAGAACUGCUCAUCAACCUUACUGAGAGGAUGCACAAAGAUGGCAGGCAGCCACACACACUGAGACUAACGAUUCGCAAAUACACUGUCACCAAUCGCUGGUUUAAUCGAGAGAGUCGUCAGUGUCCCAUUCCCAACCACACCGGGCUCAAGAUCACAGGAGGAAGCAGCGAGGCUGUGCCCCAGUUACUGUCACUGUCGAUGAAGCUCUUUCAUAAAAUGGUGGACCCACAUCAGCCUUUUCAUCUGACUCUGCUCAAUGUGUGUUUUAGCAACCUGCAGGCUAAAAGCUCCAGCAAAAGCUCCAUCGCUUCUUUUUUUACACACAAAUCUCCUUCAACAACACAAAUCCCAUCUCAGCAGGUGGACUCUGAUCUCUGUGAAUCUGUUGCAACUUCCCAUUUCACUCAAGCAGAUGUUUUGCAUAAAAAUGAUAAAGCGUGGAAACCAGUAAAAAACACAUCAAUAUCUCCAACCCAAACACAGUCGACCUCAGUCAACCCCAAAUCUUCCCUAUCUCCCAGACAGCCUGUUUCAGAGCACUCACAACAUGCAAACAUAAACAUCAGACCGCCUUGUUUGAGCAGCGCUCCCAAAAAAACAUUGCAUUUCAAGCUGCCUCCUAAUGUUGAUGCGGAUGUAUUCAAACUCCUUCCUGAACACAUUCAGAUGGAGCUGAUGUCCAGUUUUAAAAAGGGAGACUCCGUUUACAGACCCGCUGACACAGAAGAUGUUGACCCAGAACAUCAACCCACGUUUGCCUCUCGCCAACCAAAAACACCAAAACCUUGUGAGUCUGCAGUAAAUGUCUGCACAAAUUCUGCUUCUAAUCCCCAUGAACUCAGCCAGAACUUUUCAUCUCCUCAGUCGAUCCCGGAGUUCAGUUCUGAACUUGUCAUGGUCACAGAAAGUGACGAUAUCCCACACUCCACUCAGGCCAUUCAGCCAGAAGUUCCUGCAAAUGUGGACCCUUAUGUGUUUUCACAACUUCCUGCUGAUGUGCAAAGGGAAUUACUGACCGAGUGGAGACAGCAGAGGCCGGUCCUCAAAAUCCCUUCAAAACACUCACAUAAAUCCUCCAAUAGCAGAGACAGGAAGACCUCGACUAAAGGCAGCCAGUGUAACAACAUACUGAAAUACUUCAAACCCAACUAAAGACACAAACACCUUAGUGCUGUUCUAUAAUACAAAAAGAUCCUUUGUAAAUAAAGCGAUUGUUUUCAGAAAGUUUAAAAA